AGAAUACCCAAACCAAAAAGUAAGGAGGACCGAUGACCGGCAAAGCCGGUUAUAUCUGAAGCUCAAAUGAGAGGGAAAAUGUUACAUGUAUUUAUUUGUCAAUUGCUUCUCUUUCUCUCCCAGCUUACAAUUCACCCUCUGAGAUGUUCCUUUACAAGUCCCACUCCCACCUCUUUCUCUAUGGAACCACCUGCUCGCCUCCGAUGAUGUCACCUCCGUCUGUUACCUUCUCGCCGGUUUUUCCACUAAUGCAACUCCUCCAUUCUUAGGCCUCCCUCACCCUUCGUCGAAUCGCCGUCGAAAACUUCCUUUUAAAGCUUGCUAGAUAAGAUUCUUAUUCUCCGGCGGACGGAAACUUUAUCCGGUGGUUUCGUACUUGUUCUUGCUCUCGCCUUCUGUAAAUAGAUUUUUGCUAUUUGUUUUCUUUUUGCCUCGCUCUAUUUUCAUUUACCUUCAAUGCUUUAAUUUUGUUUCGUUUGGAAUUUCGAUCCGAUCGAUCUCCGGCGUUGGAUUAAUUAUUGUUUUAGAAGGAAAAAAGAGUUCAUCGUAGCUGAAUUACUUUGUUUUUGUUGCUAUUUGAGCUAAAUUAGCCUUAAAAAUUGAGGUAAAUUUGGGUGAGGUGAGAAAAGAAAAAGAGUAGCGUCUAAAGAUAAUUUGUAAAUUUUGCUGCUAUGUUGGAUCUUAAUCUGACUGAGGAAUCGUCCGAGUCGAUUCAGAACUCGAACUCUGUGGUUUUGAUGGACAAGUAUCAGUACCAGUACUCUGAAGGAUCGGGAACGUCUAAUUCAUCAAUCAUCAAUGCGGACGCCUCAAGCAACGACGACUCGUGCUCUACACGGGCCUGCACAGGUGAUGCUACUAAUAGCAGUAAUAACAAUACUAGUAGUUUAUUCACUUUCAACUUCGGAAUAUUGAAAGUGGGUGGUGGUGCUGUAACGGAGAAUGAAAACGUCGCCCUUGAGACCAAGGAGUUUUUCCCCGUGGGUAAUAGGAAGGAAGUUGGCGGGGAUUACGGGAAUUCUAUUGGGCAAGGCACCUCUAGGAACUGGAUUGAUCUCUCGUUUGAAAGGAAGCAAGACAUUGGUAAUGGAGAGGUGCGGGAGGUGCGGGUGGUGCAGCCACCGGCGCAGCAUGUUAAGAAGAGCAGGAGGGGACCCAGGUCCAGAAGCUCGCAGUACAGAGGAGUCACCUUCUAUAGGAGGACUGGACGAUGGGAAUCUCAUAUCUGGGAUUGUGGGAAACAAGUCUAUUUGGGUGGAUUUGACACUGCUCAUGCGGCGGCAAGAGCUUAUGAUCGAGCUGCUAUCAAAUUUAGGGGCGUUGAUGCUGACAUCAAUUUCAGUCUCAAAGAUUAUGAGGAGGAUCUGAAACAGGUAAAGAAUUUGACUAAAGAAGAAUUUGUGCACAUACUUCGUCGCCAGAGCACUGGUUUCUCAAGAGGAAGCUCAAAGUACCGAGGGGUGACACUGCAUAAGUGUGGUCGAUGGGAAGCAAGAAUGGGGCAAUUCCUUGGCAAAAAGUAUAUAUAUCUUGGGCUGUUCGACAGUGAAGUAGAAGCUGCAAGGGCUUACGACAAGGCAGCUAUCAAAUGUAAUGGAAGGGAGGCAGUGACCAACUUUGAGCCAAGUGCAUAUGAAGGGGAGAUGAUCUCUGAAGCCAGUAAUGAAGGUACUGGACACAAUCUUGAUCUGAACUUGGGGAUAUCCCGUUCUUUGGGUGAUGGCCCCAAGGAAAACGAGAGUUGUCUACAGUUCCACUUGGGCCCUUAUGCCAUGGACACCAAGAGUGCAAGGGAGAACUCAACAGCUCUAAUGGUGGGUGAUCUGCCUUCCAAAGGGCCAUUAAUAUCAGAUCGUCCAGUGUUCUGGAACAGCGUCUAUCCUAGUUUCUUUCCUAAUGAGCAGGAAAGAGCUCCAGAUAAGAGAAUUGAAUUGGGUUCUUCACAGGGACUUCCCAACUGGGUGUGGCAAACGCACGGUCAGGUCACUGCCACCCCAAUAACAUUGUUCUCUACUGCAGCAUCAUCAGGAUUCUCAUUUUCGGCUACACCUCCCUCUGCUGCCAUUCGUCCACCGAAACCUCCCAACCCAGCAGCCCACAAUCUAUGUUUCACUCCACCUGCUUCCAUGGCAACCAGUGCCACUCACUUCUACUGUCUAGUGAAGCCACCGCAGACACCACCAUAAAUGAUUCCCUCUGCAUUGUGGGGAGGUAAGAAUAAAAAAACAAUGGCAUUCAGCUUCAUAAUCAUAAUAGAUUGAAAAUAUUGAUUUGAUAUAUGCUAUUUCGUGCAUUUUUUACUCUUGAUAAAUCUUUACUUUGUUGGAUAUGUGAGAAUACUAUAAGCCCAUUUGCACGUGUUUUUGAGCAAAUAUGACAAAUUCUUAUCAUGUGAUUGCAGCUCCUCGUAUGGUUGUGUAUGAACUUUUUCCCCGUGCUUUUUCUGCCGUUUGAUAUUUUGCUGCUUUGGUUCAAUCCUUGGAGGCCCCACAAGUUGGAUUAUGAUUGUGCAAUACCUCGUAACAGUAGCAAAAAUAUGCUCCACUUACUACUGGCAAAAAAAAAAAGUGUGAAGAUUUUAGGAGUACAACUAAAACGCAUAGUACAUUUUUUACAUAAAGCUCUUUACAAGUGGGACAGGAACCCAAAUGAGAAAAGUUGUUUCCCAUUCUUUC